AUUCAGUCAAAUCGUCAAAAACUUAUAACGGUAUAUUGAAUUGUUUUAAAUAAAGCGUUUACUACAAUUUUUAGAGGAAUGUUUAGAUACACGCGUAUUGUAUUUUAAGUAGAGCCAAUCUGGACCGGAUAUCCAUUUGGGGAGUGAGAAGAAGAAGAAGAAUACAAAAGUUUACUAUAUUGCUGUUAAUUAAUUUUCUAAACUCGCUAAAAAUUUCCACGUAUGACUAUGUAUUCACCUUUGUCGCCUCAAGUUAGUCUCAGUUCGGAAUUGAGACAAAUAAUAAAUGAAAGGAAUAUGUUAAGUAUGCGGAGCCGAAUGAAAGUUCUACAUGCUUUAAAUGAAAAUAAUGAGAGAGCUGCUGAAGAGAGAAGAAAAAUGCUAAGAUUGCAAGCUAUUCGAGAAAUAUUAACUACAGAAGUUACUUAUUUGCAACAAUUGGAAACUUUGACAGAAUUUUUUAUACAACCUAUUCUUGAAAAAAAGUUGCUGGAUCAUCCAUUACUUGCUACGCUAGCUGAAAACAUAAAAACAUUAUAUAACGUAAGCGGUGAACUGGUGGCUCAAUUGAAACAUAAUUCUGAUAAUAUAGUUGAAGUGUUCCACAAACUUGCACCAUUCUUCAAGUUAUAUUCUGUUUAUGCUUAUGAUUAUACGCAAAUACUAAAUUUGUUACAGACUAGUGAGGAGAAUAAUGCUGCCUUUAAAAAAUUUAUUUGUGAUCAAGAGACUAGACCGGAAGUAAGCAGGAAAUUAUCUUCGUUGCUAAUUACACCAGUACAAAGAGUACCAAGAUAUCAAUUACUUAUUAAAGAAGUGUUACAACAUACUCCUUAUGAACAUAGAGAGUACAGACAUUUACAAGCGUGUUUGGUUGAAAUUGAGAACUCUGCAAAGCACAUAAAUACCUUAAUUGCGCAAAACGAAGAAACACAAAAAUUAUUAAAUCUUCAGAAAUGUAUUGUUACUUCUAUUAAUCUUGUGAAACCUGGUAGAAUAUUAAUCAAGCAAGGACCAUUGAUGCGUGUUUCGAGACGAGGCAAUUCAGCUUAUAAAAGAUAUUUUGUUCUUUUAAAUGACACUUUAUUGUAUUGUAAAGGCGAACCGGAAACAUCGUUGAUUGUAUCUUGUAUUUUACCAUUAAACAAGUGCAGUCUGACUUGUGUUCUGAGCAAAAAACUGUUUCGUAUAACAUGUUUGCACGAAACGUUCUUAUUGUACUCGGAAAGAAGCGACAGCGACGAAUGGAUACAAGCUAUACAAAGUGCUAUCAAAAAAUAUACUGAAUGCAGACAAACUUUGAGAAAGGAAAGUAGCUCAAGAAAACCACUUAGACAUAAACAUAUUAAUGAAUUUUCAUCAGAUAAUAUACCAAAAAAAUCUAUUAAAAGAAAAAGAUGUAUAAUAGAUGAACAGGUAUUAUUGGACACCUCCAAUAUAAUAUACUUUAAAAAGGAUAAUGAAAUGGACAAGGAUAUUCAAAAUAUAGAUAAUUGUUUACCUCUUUAUAAAAUCAAGAGAUUUAAACGAAAUGAAUAUUCCAAAGCUGACUGUACUUUCCAAGACCUGAAAAAUACGAAACUGAAAUUGUGUAAAAACAGGAAUAAACGAUAUACUUCUAUAUGUGGAUGUUUAAAAAAGUCAAGUAACAGCAAUUGUAAUGAGAUUCUUCCAACAAUAUCAGGUAUACACGGAAAUACAAAAUUAUGUUCGAUUGUGUCGAAUGCCAAAGAACAGACAUCGCCAUUCCAAAUAAUCAGUGAAUUUUUUACAUCUAUUGGUGCAACAAUAAAAGACUUUUUUACUUUCAGAUAACUUCUCUAAAUAUCAAAAAGUCCAGAAAUUGUAAAUCAGUUAUAACAUACUCUGGUCCUUUUAACCGAAUAUUUCGCGUCACCGUCAUUCAUUCAAAAAUGACGAUAACUACGUUCCAAAAUUUAUUACCAGCACUGAAAAUUUAUAGUUAUAGCAGAGAGAAGCCUGAGAGCGGCCACCGCGGCCUUUUUCGUGCGAUCGAAAUGUGGAUGUAGCCAAACGUGGACGUAGAACUACGCAUGAUCUAAUAAGAAAGGUGAACAAACAUCACGUAUGCGCAGUAGUCGACCAAUAAGAAUUGGGUCCAAAUGUUCGAAAGAAGAAGAUUAUUUGCGCGGUGCAUUUGGACUCAAAUUUCAUUGGUUCCGCUUAUCGUGCCGCCAUCGCUAUAUGCGCAAUGGUACACCUUUCUUAUUACAUCAUGGAAUUACGUAUCACAUCCACUUUUCGACCCUGUCAAUAAAAUCGUUUGUUCGGUGUGCGUCCGUGCUACCUGGUUGUGUUUCGUGCUAUGUGAACGAAAUGUCGGUAACAGAGUUAUUGAUUUUUCCUAAUGUGUGCGAGCGAGAAGAUACAAGAGCGAACGAGACAUUUAAUAAGAACGAGCAAAACAGUAAAAGAAGCGAGCGAGAGAUCAAUAAGAACGAAAAGAUAGUAAUAGAAGUGAGCGAGAUGAGAAGAAUAACAGCAUGCUGAAGCCCGAGAAUCGGAUCGAGCUUCUUGCAUAUUGCUAUUCUUAUCUCGUUCGCCUCCCUUACUGUCUUGCUCGCUCGCGUAAUGCAAAUAUAUAUUGUUUUUGAGACUGACCUUUUUUACUUAGAAAAUUUAGAAUAUUAACAAAUUAUUGUUUAAUAUUUUUUAUAUACAC